AUGCGUGGCUUGAGUCGCAUGGCCGCGCAAACGACGACGAUUCGCGGGGCACCAUUCACAGGCUACCAGAGGCUCCUGUAUACCGACAGAGAAUACUCCCAGCUGGUUGUCCCUCAUCUGAAAGCACCUCACAUCUCUUGUAGCCAAGAUGCGGACCAUGUCCGUCAGGUGGCCCAGCGCCUACAGCAAGACGGCAUCCUCAAAGUCACGCUCGAAUUCGCCGACGACGAGAGCAGAUAUCUCGAGGCGCUGAUCCGGAGCCUGCAUGCCCGGCACGGCCAUCACCUCCCCAUCGCCCACAGUGCCACGCGCGGCUGGUUCUGGGAGGUGCGUCCCAGCAGUGCGAGCUUUCAGACGGCCAACCACCAGGCGCGGUCCGAGACCAUGCGGGACUUUCCUUGGCACACCGACUGCAGCUACGAGUACCCGCCGCCUCGCUUCUUCGCCCUCCAGGUGCUGCAGCCGGACCGCUUCGGCGGUGGGACCCUGUCGCUCAUGAGCGUGGAGCGACUGGUCGAGGAGCAUCUCGGGGGCGGCCGAUGCGGCGCCACGCUGGCGACGCUGAUGAAACCGGACGCAUACCGCAUCGCCAUCCCGACCGAGUUUGUCAAGGGGAAACAGCGCGGCUCGGGGGGCGAGACGACGCGAUGGAUCCGCGGGGGCCUCAUCAUGGCCGACAAUAGGGGACGACCGACGCUCAUCCGCUUCCGAGAGGACAUCGUCACGCCGCUGAGCGACGAGGCGGCGGCGGCGCUGCAGGACCUCAAGGCGGCGCUACAGUCCCUGGCCGCACAGGUCGGCUCGACCAUCCACCUGUCGGCCACGGACCUGCCGGCUCGAUCCAUCAUCCUGAUUGACAAUAGGCGGUGGCUGCAUGCGCGCAACCACGUCCGGGACCCUGAGAGACAUUUGCGCCGAGUCCGAUGGGACGCGGCUCCCUUUCCAGGGGAGAGUGAUUGA